AUGUUGGAGCAUCCUAUUGAAAUUGACGAAGAAGGCCUAGACCUCAUUCCGGAGUUCCACCAGAAGCUGAUCGUACAUGCCAAACCAUUGUCUGGUCCAGAUCCGCCUCCGUUGCUGCCUUCUCCUUCUUCUCCUGUAGGCACGGAACUGCACAACUGCCAACUGGUUCUUAUUCUGCUGAUGCUGGAGAACGGCUGUCAUGUACUCCUGUCGCAAGCAUUGCUAAGAAGCAAGUCCAAUGGUGAUACUGUACUGGUGGAUACUGGUGCUGUGGCUGAUUUGGUCAGUCUUGAAAAGAUGCAACCAAUACUUUCUUACCAUUGCAGGUACGUUGAUGACUACAGACUCUGUUGUGAGUUUGUUUCUUUACCUACCUUCCAAGCUUCCCAAUGUCACACCACUGAGUUGCAGCCUCCAUUGAAUCUAUGCGGAAGUCUCAUGCAGAACGACCUCCUCCGCGUGUCUAUGUGGGUUCUUGGACUGAGCGCCCUCAUCGGCAAUGCAGUGGUCAUCAUCACGAGAUCAAUGGACACCGAUAUGUCCAAACCGAGCAGCAGGAAGAUCUGUCAUUCCAUUAUGGUUCUCAAUUUGGCGAUUUCAGACUUCAUGAUGGGUGUCUAUAUGCUGAUUAUCGCUGGUGCAGAUAUUUACUACGGAGAGAAAUACUCACAAGUAGCCAAGGAAUGGCGGUCGACAGGACUGUUUAAAGUAGCUGGUGUCUUGUCGGUCAUGUCGAGCGAAGCGUCGGUGUUUAUCGUUACCUUGAUCAGUGUCGACUGUUUCCACGGAAUCGUGUAUCCGUUUAGCUCCAGGACACUUCGUAAGAAGUCGACCACAGUUCUGAUUCUUUUAGUUUGGUUGUUGUCUCUUGGUCUGAGUGUCGGACCCACGGUCUCGGGUAGUGGCUUGGACUCGGAUAUCUACGGGUUGUCUGAUGUGUGCAUAGGGCUACCACUUCUCACCAAACCAACCAGUAUUGAAAUAAAAGAGGGCGCUAUUGAUGACUCUUUCGGGAACAGGACAGUCUCGAUUCCAGUCGUAACGGGGAAGAAACCAGCCUGGAUCUUCUCUAUUAUUCUAUUCCUCGGGGUGAACCUGGCUUGCUUCGUAGUGGUCUUGUUCUGCUACAUCGCGAUCUUCGUCAAAGUAAAGCGUUCAGCAAAUAAAGUCCGUACGGCUGCGCACCGAGAUCGAGAAAUCAAAAUGGCCGUCAAGAUGGCGCUGAUAGUAGGUACGGACUUUGCGUGUUGGAUGCCUGUCAUCAUUAUGGGGAUACUAUCACAGACUGGGGCGGUAGAUAUUAGUCCUGACAUCUACGCUUUGACUGUUGUCUUUAUCCUCCCGAUCAACUCGUCUCUAAACCCGUACCUCUACACGCUUUUUACGUCUAUAUCAGAGCGCAGGUCCAGCAAAAGUAACUCGUCAUGCUUGAAGUCAUUGAGCUUAAGAGUUUCAACCAAAACCACGGAACCUGCACAAGAUGUUCAGUAG